GAGCGGGGUUGUGCCGCGUUGUUAAUUAGAAACCCUCUUCUGGCAGCUGCGCUUGACCCAUCCUACCUCUCUCCUCCGCCAACCAACGCAGGGUUUGUUUCCAGUGCCCUAAAAGGCAAGGGCUGGGGAAGGAUGCCAAUUCUUCAUGCAUCAUAAGCUGCGUAUACAACUGUAGAGGCCUCAGAUGUACUGACAGCAGCUUCCCUCUUGUGUCUCCAGGGGGCUUAGGGCACAGCUGCUGCCGCUGCCGCUGCUUCAUAGCAAACAUCAAGACUCCAAGGCUGAUUCUGGGAACUUCGUCAGGACCAACUGAGAGACAAAGCCUUGUGCGAACCAGGAUCCAAGCAUCCCCUUUCCCCCACCCGGUUAAUCCCAGUGGCAUUGUUAUCUGUGUCUAAGCCUGUCUGGCAGUUUUCCCCAGCAGAGCUCAGACUGACUCCACCGCAGUGAUGAUAAUGGCUGAUCCUGGUGUCUGGAACGGAGUCUAAAUCUGGGAAUGACUCUUCUCAGGUAUUUUGCAGAGUAAAGCUCUCUAGGAGACCACCAGCUUCAUAGAUGGACAGGAUGUACAGAACUGACCCUCUGGCAGGAAACUGGAGCUCCAUCUCCCUGGAUGACUCCAUAUUCCUGGAUGCCCAAAACAACAGCACAGAGCAGUGCUUCAACGCCCAUUCCCGCAGCUCUGUCCUGCAAGGGCUGCCAUUUGGCGGUGUACCCACGGUGCUUGCCCUCAACUUCAUCAUCUGGUUGUUCCUCCUCCUGGUUUUCUCCUGCCUUCGGAAAGCAGCUUGGGACUAUGGGCGCCUGGCCUUGCUUAUGGACAAUGACAGCCGUUUUCCUCCAAGCACAUGGAACUCCUAUGACCUCACAUCGCUCUUCUAUGGGGAGCAAAGUGAAAAGGAGAAAUCCCCAUCAGAGACCAGCCCACUGGACUCCGACAACAAAGAUGUGGGAUUCUGUUCCUGGCUCCUGUCAGUCUACCAGAUGAAGGAUGAGGAAAUCCAAAGCAAGUGUGGAAUCGACGCCACCACCUACCUCUCCUUCCAGCGGCACGUCUUGGUGCUGCUUCUGAUCAUCUGCGUGCUCUCAGUGGCUGUAGUCCUCCCUGUCAACUUCUCUGGGGAUCUCCUGGGAAAGCAUCCAGCUAAUUUUGGCCGAACCACAAUUGCAAAUGUCCCCAAAGAUGACCGUCUCCUGUGGCUGCACAGCAUCUUUGCCCUCCUCUAUUUCAUCAUCACCGUGCUCUGCAUGGCUCAUCACUCCAUCCAACUUGAAUACAAGGAGAAUGAGAAGGUGGCCCGGACCCUGAUGGUUACCAGGAUUCCCAAAGAUAUUAUGGAUCCCUCCCUUGUCAUCAAACAUUUCCAUGAGGCUUACCCAAGCUGCACAGUGACUGGUGUCCAGUUCUGUUCUGAUGUUCGCACACUGAUGAAGUUGGAUUCAGAGAGGCGCAAGGCAAUGAAGGGGAGGCUUUACUUCACCACCAAGGCUCAGAAGGAGGGGAAAAUCAUGAUCAAGAUACACCCCUGCUCACGCAUCUUCUGUUGCCGUAGUUGCGGCUUUGAAGAGGUAGAUGCUGAGCAAUACUAUGGGGAGCUAGAAGAGAAAUUGACAGAUGAAUUUAAUGCGGAGCGGAGCCGGAUUGCGCUGAAACGCCUCGACAUGGCUUUUGUCACGUUUCAGGAUGAGAGGAUGACAGCCACUAUUCUGAAGGAUUACAGCCGUGUCUGGUGUCGCAAGCAUCCACAACAGUCUUCUGUUACCACAGUGGUGAAAUCCCAUUACUGGGGGGUCAGCUAUGCCCCCGCUCCCAACGACAUCAUCUGGGAGAACUUAUCCGUCAGCGGUGCUUCAUGGUGGGUGCGAUUUGUCUUGCUCAACAUCUGCCUCUUCAUCCUACUCUUCUUCCUCACCACGCCUGCCAUCAUUGUCAACACCAUGGACAUGUUCAACGUCACGCGGCCUGUGGAGAGCCUCAAGAAUCCUAUUGUCACCCAGUUCUUCCCCACGCUGUUGCUCUGGGCCUUCUCAGUGUUCCUUCCCUUCAUCGUAUACUACUCUGCUUUCUUCGAAUCGCACUGGACGAGGUCAAAUGAGAAUCAGAUCACAAUGCACAAGUGUUAUUUUUUCCUGGUGUUUAUGGUUAUCAUCUUGCCCUCACUUGGAUUGACCAGUUUGGAUCUCUUCUUCCGCUGGCUCUUUGACACCCACUUUGUGGAUCAGGCAGAGAUAAAGUUUCAGUGUGUUUUCCUGCCAGACAACGGUGCUUUCUUUGUCAACUACGUCGUCACCUCCAGCCUGAUUGGGACAGCCAUGGAGUUGCUGCGCAUCCCUGGACUCAUUGUCUAUGCCACACGGCUCUGCUUUGCCAAGUCUGAACCGGAGCGGCUCCACAUCAAGCGGAACCAAGCUUAUGAGUUCCAGUUUGGAUUGGAGUAUGCCUGGACCUGCUGUAUAUUUGCUGUUGUCAUGACCUAUAGCAUCACCUGCCCCAUUAUUGUCCCCUUUGGUUUGCUGUAUAUGCUGCUGAAGCACAUGGUUGACCGCUACAACAUUUACUAUGUGUACAUCCCCACCAAGCUGAACCAGCGCAUCCACACAGCAGCUGUGAGCCAGGUGGUGGUAGCUCCCAUCCUCUGCAUGUUCUGGCUGCUCUUCUUCUCCGUCAUCCGACUAGGCUCCAUCAGACCCAUCACCAUUUUCACCUGCGUGGUCCUUGUCUCCUGCAUCCUUUUUUCCUUCUUUGGCCUUUGUCUGAAGAAGCUGCAUCCAAGGAAGCCCUCCAGUUACCAGCAGAUGUCUGAGCAAUCUGAAGGUGCCUUCAACGAUACAGAAAGGAGCAGCAUCUCUUCAACCCCCAAUUCAAAUAUGUUUGUGGCUACAGUGCUUCAGGAGCCAGAACUAAGCCUAACGCCAGCAGCCUCCCCAGCUCACCAGUCUUACGGCACCAUGGGCAGCCGCCUGGAGCAAGCCGAGAACAUGGAGGAGGGUGGCCUGCAGAGCUUUGAAACAGAGCUGGAGAGCACGGAGGGCGAAUACAGAACCGGGCCAGUGCUGGAUGACCAAACCCGCUAUCAUUGACCACCUGCUCUCAGAGUGACGAGACAGACCAGAGAAACAUUUUGAGUAUUAAGAGUGCCGGAGGGAAGCAUUAUGUCCCAAGGCCUAGAUUGCUCUGAGUUGCCAUAUCAGUCCUGCUGUAAACCAGUUUUGAGCAAAGGUCUUGUUUUGCUACUUAGACCAGAACCACUCAGGCUGAUGCACAAUGGGCCUUCAGUGCUGCAGUUCUCUUGGCCACAGUGUUGGGAUGGCAGCUCAACUCUCCAGCAGAGAUGAAACGAACAGGGAGGUUCUGUGCAGGCAGUGUUACUUCAAUUUUUUACUCCCAGCUGUUUAACAGCAGCAUGUUCCACAUGUUGCCUCUCAUCCUUCUGCUCCAGGGCUAUGGACUGCCAUGGCUUGAGUUUUCCUGUGUCUUCUGACAUAUCUUCCCUUCUCUCCGUUGCCCCAAUUGGUCUCCCUCGCCUUCCACUAUUUUUGCUUUUCAUUUAUAUUCUUUUUUUUUGGUAGAGGAAGAAGUUUCUCUAGUGUGUGCAGCCUUCUCUGCUCAGGCCAGCAGGAGCAAGAGACUGUCUGGAUUUAAAUAGCAUCAUGCGCCCAGUAGCUACAAACCUUUCUAUAAAACAUUUGGGUGUGGGUGUGUGGAGUAGAGAGCAGAAUGGUGACUCCUAAGACACAUUCAAGCUGACCGCACAGCCCAGUGUAAUGCAUUUGUUGCAGAAGCAAAGUCCCAAUUGUUUCCUGAAUGCAAGACGGGCAUUUGCAAAAGACAGGUGCUUUAGCUGCUUCAUUUUUUAUAUGCCCAUUUGUUGCUGCUGCAGUUGUUGCUUUUGCCCAAAUUCACUGCCUCCGAAAAAAGACGUUCUUUCUCAGUGUGGCCUAAGUGACAGGCCUGACUUGUCUCUGUUUUUUCUAGGUUUGACUGGUUGUGUGCUUUUUGCCCAGAAUAAUUGCCAUGUUCG